CUAGUGCAGGUUAUUUAUCUGCAACAAAUUUCAAUAUACGGCAAAUACCUCUAAGAGUUAAAAGCUCCAGGAACGAAACACAGAAAAGCUCUGCAAAUAUUUUUUGCUCAAUGGCUCUGGAUAAAAUGCAAGAUUUGAGCCUGAACCCUGUGCUCCGAGCUGACCUAGGAGAAGUGGAAGGUAUUCCUUUAACACAACCAAUAUGCAGCACGUGGGACCAAGUGUGGAAGUUCAAAGCCAGACCUGAUGAUCUCUUCAUCGCAACCUAUGCAAAAGCAGGUACCACAUGGACACAGGAGAUAGUGGAUAUGAUUCAACAAAAUGGAGAUGUUGAGAAGUGUAGACGCGACACUACUUACAGACGCCAUCCUUUCCUUGAGUGGUGUCUCCCAGAGUCUUCAGGAGCAGGUUACUCAGGCCUGGAGUUAGCUGAAGCUAUGCCUUCUCCACGAACAAUGAAAACUCAUCUGCCCGUGCAGCUGGUGCCUCCCUCCGUCUGGGAACAAAACUGUAAGGUAAUCUACGUGGCGAGAAAUGCAAAAGACAACCUAGUGUCCUACUACCAUUUCCACAGAAUGAAUAAAGGACUGCCUGACCCAGGAACCUGGGAGGAGUUCAUGGACAAAUUCAUGGCCGGAAAAGUGCUCUGGGGUUCCUGGUAUGACCAUGUAAAAGGAUGGUGGAAGGCAAAAGAUAAGCAUCGUAUUCUCUACCUCUUCUAUGAAGAUAUGAAGGAGAAUCCAAAGCGAGAAAUUCAGAAGAUUCUGAAGUUCCUGGAGAAGGAUGCGAAUCAGGAGAUUCUAAACAAGAUACUCCACCACACGUCCUUUGAGAUGAUGAAGGAAAAUCCCAUGGCAAACUACACUAAGGAGCUUCAGGACAUAAUGGAUCACUCCGUUUCCCCAUUCAUGAGAAAAGGGGUUGUCGGUGACUGGAAGAAUCAUUUCACUGUGGCACAGAAUCAGAAAUUUGAUGAAGAUUAUAAGAAAAAAAUGGCUGACACCUCACUUGUUUUUCGCAUGGAAUUGUGAUUACUAACAAUGGAAAUUAUUCUCUAUGAUCUUCACCCUUUUCCAUUUUACAUUUUUUGCUUUUCCUUCACAAAAUGCCUGUUCUCCUAGGAUUCAGUGUCUUUCUUUCACAUACCACUGAUUUUUUAUUAUUGUGAGAGUGCCCAAAUUAUGCGGACAUCUAAGUCUCCCUGAAGAAAAUAAUCCCACUGGAUACUUCUCAUUCAUCCCUCCCGCAGUAGCUUUCAGCAUUAACAAAAAUAUUUCAAAUACGCUUUGAGGUUUUGUCUUUGAAAAACUGCAGUUGAUAUUGGUGGCAUUUUCAAAUCAACCUCUAACAGAAAUUAGGAGCCAAUAGGAAAAAAGUUUUAAAGGAGUGUAACAUGUGUGGGCAUUAUAUGUUAUUCACAUGUUGUACAAACAUUAAUCAAUAAAUAACAACAAAAAAAUUUAAA